AAAUGGCGACCCGGGUUAUCAAAGCAGUACGGUGUCCAACUGACGAGUUGUCGCUGUCCAACUGUGCCGUGGUUUCUGACAAAGACUUUGACCCCAAUCAUAUAAGACAUGUUGAAGUACGUACAAGUCCGCAUCAUAAAUAUGUGUUCACUCUACGUGCUCAUCAUAGUAUGCACCCCGGCACUAUGGGGUUCAGUUUACCGCAAAGAAAAUGGGCAGUGUUAUCCUUGAACCAAGACAUAGAAGUGACACCUUACAGAUUUGACCCCAAUACUCAAUAUUUAGAAUGUAUUACAUUGGAAGCAGAUUUUUUACAGAAAAAGAACACAACAACAGAUCCAUAUGAUACCGAUAAAAUGGCAGCAGAAUUUGUGAUGCAGUUCCCCGGGCAAGCAUUCACAGUCGGACAACAGCUCGUGUUUAGUUUUGCUGAAAAGAAACUGCUUGGUCUAGUUGUAAAAGAACUUGAAGGUGCUGAUGUUGGUGCAUUGAAAGGCCAGAAAUCUGCUGGGAAACCACGCAAGAUCAAUGUAGGCGUUUCCAUGCCGAAUACACAGGUUAUAUUUGAGAAAGCAGAAGAUUCGCCCCUUAACUUAGUGGGAAAAGCUAAAGGUAAAGCCACUAGACAGUCAAUUAUUAAUCCGGAUUGGGAUUUCCAAAAGAUGGGAAUUGGUGGUCUUGAUAAGGAAUUCUCUGGUAUAUUCAGAAGAGCGUUUGCAUCUCGAGUGUUUCCUUCAGAAUUUGUAGAACAGUUAGGUGCAAAGCAUGUGAAAGGAAUUUUACUAUUUGGCCCACCAGGUACGGGUAAAACGUUGAUGGCCAGACAGAUUGGUACAAUGUUAAAUGCGAGAGAACCGCAAAUCGUCAAUGGUCCCGAGAUACUCAAUAAAUAUGUAGGAGAGUCUGAAGCAAAUAUCAGAAAAUUGUUCGCGGCUGCCGAAGAGGAACAAAAAAGACUUGCAAACAACAGUGGACUGCACAUUAUCAUAUUUGAUGAAAUAGACGCAAUCUGUAAGCAAAGAGGAAGCAUGUCUGGAAGUACUGGUGUUCAUGAUACAGUGGUCAAUCAGUUACUUUCAAAAAUUGAUGGAGUUGAACAGCUGAAUAAUAUUUUAGUAAUUGGUAUGACUAAUCGACGUGAUUUAAUUGAUGACGCUUUAUUGAGACCCGGAAGGUUAGAAGUCCAGAUGGAGAUUGGUCUGCCCGAUGAGGAAGGAAGAAAACAGAUUUUUGAGAUUUAUGUCAGUAAAAUGCGUGCUAACAAAAAGUUAGCUAAAAACGUUGAUGUUGAGGAGUUAGCCGCAAUGACUAAGAACUUCAGUGGUGCUGAGAUAGAAGGUUUAGUGAGGGCAGCACAGUCUACAGCAAUGAAUAGGCUGAUUAAGGCAACAGCAAAAGUUGAAGUAGAUGAUACUGCUGCUGAUGACUUGGUGGUCACAAGAACUGAUUUCAUUCAUGCAUUGGAGUAUGAUAUUAAACCUGCAUUCGGUGUGAGUAAUGAACAUUUUGAAAACUACAUAUUGAAUGACAUCAUCAAUUGGGGAGAUCCUGUCAGACGAAUCAUUGAAGAUGGUGAAUUGAAGAUUGAGCAGGCGAGAAAUAGUGAAAGAACGCCUUUAGUUAGUAUGUUACUAGAAGGUCCUCCAUCCAGCGGGAAAACUGCUUUGGCAGCCAAACUAGCAAUGGAGUCUGAAUUUCCGUUUGUGAAAAUUUGUUCACCUGAAGACAUGAUUGGUUAUACUGAAGGAGCUAAAUGUCAAGCAAUACGAAAGAUAUUUGAAGAUGCAUACAAAUCCCAGUUAAGUUGUGUUGUUGUUGAUGAAAUAGAACGACUACUAGAUUAUGUUCCUAUUGGACCAAGGUUCUCUAAUCUUGUUUUACAAGCUUUAUUAGUUUUAUUAAAGAAACCACCACCAAAGGGUCGUAAAUUAUUAAUUAUCGGGACGACCAGUCGACAAGAUGUACUUAAAGAGAUGGAGAUGUUGACAUCAUUUGAUACGACAGUGCAUGUGUCUAAUUUGUCUACCGGAGACCAUCUUAUGGAAGUUCUUGAGACAUUGGAGUGUUUUCAUGCUAAUGAAUUCAAGAUUAUUGGACAGAAAGUACGAGGUAAAAGGUUAUGGGUUGGUAUAAAAAAGUUACUAGUUUUGAUAGAAAUGGCACGACAAACGGAACGACAGUACCGAGUCCCUAAGUUCCUGGCAUUGUUGGAGGAAGAAGGAGG